UUAAACACUAACAGGUCUUUCCCUUCACUAAAAACAAAUAAAUGAACACUUAAUUUCAACAUUUAUUCUCCUUAUCCAGUCCUAUGCAAAGCAUGCUAAUUUCUGAAGCUAUCAAAACAGUUUCUUUAAGUUACUACAACUUAAUUAAAAAAAAAAAGCCAAAAAACACAGAAAUUACAGACGAUAUUAAGGUGAUGUAAUGAUCAACAUUAUUAUGUCAACAGAACUCAACAAAAUAAUGUUUGCAAACUUAAAAGGUUUAAUUAAAACAGUAAAUUAGAAUUUUUAACUUCCAACCAUGCAUUUAUUUAAGUUGUGGUAACAGGUCCCCUGAACUGAGUCCAAAAAAUCCCCUGAACAGGUCCCACUGAGUGCAUGUGACAGGUUGCCCCGCCCUCACGCCAUUGAACGCGUCAUCAGGGAAGAGAAGAGAUGUCGCUGCCAGAGGAGCAGAACUUAUUUUGAUGUAAGAUUACGAGGCACAUGAAUUUAAAAAAAAUGAUGAUGAUGUGCACAGAUAAAUACUGCAAUAUUUCAGUAAAAAUAAGAAUUGCCAAUUUUGAUUUCAUGGUGACUUUUAUGUUCUGGUGAUUUAUAUGAAUUUCACACAGGUAGUUCAUCACAUUAAAUAUGAACAUGUUCCAUAUUAAAGUCUGACAAAGUGACAAAUACUUUAAUUUGAACUGCAUAUCCACAGUUUUUUCACUUUCAUUCAGACAAAAGUGUGUUUGUGGCAUUGUUAAGUGCAUGCAAUGUAAGUGUCCAAAUACUUUUUCAGACCACUAUAUACACACACACUUGCUCUUUCCUCAUACACUUAGCCCUCAAACUUUCUCUCUUUCUCUGUCUGUCUCUCUCUCCCUCCGCUCUGUCUGGCCAUGUGGAUCCGCCCCUGCUUAAUUUUAUCAUUUCGCCCCUUUCUGAAUUUCCUGACUACAAAAGUCUGUCUGACAUUUCUCUCUCAGUCUCAGCAGGGGAGCGGGGAAUAUCUCAAGCCAGCCACAAAAAGGGAAAACAGGGGGCCUCAUUACUCACCAGGACAGGGUGAAGUCUUAAUAUGAGUCCGUCAUUGUUGCUGUGCUGUGUGCUGCUCUGUUUAGCCUGCUGUGUCACGGUACACACACACAUUAUUAUGGAGGAACAAUACAGCUCCAACCAAACAACCAUCAGCUUACAAGUCAAAAACCAAACAGAUGAACCUCCUGUGCUCAUAGUCGGGCUUUCAAAAACACCUAAGAAGAACAAGAAACCGGAAAAGAAACCAAAAAAGAAAUUCAGCAACAGAAUAAAGAGACCUCCGCCGCCGCCGAACUGUGUCCCGCUGUGGAGCAGCUGCAAGACGCCGAACUCGGUGUGCUGCGAUCAGUGCGCCUUCUGCCACUGCCGCCUGUUCAAGACCGUCUGCUACUGCCGCAUGGGCUACCCGAAGUGCUGAACACUCUCUGACAGAAGCUAUCAUGAUCAGGAUGAUCAUGUGACUGUCCCUAUCUUAAAGGCUUGUUUAUAAAACCCUGUGGGAUUAAGACAACUGAUUAUCCAUGCACUCUAUCAUAUAAUCAUGACCAAAAUCCGAAUUUUCGGAGAUUUCCCGGCCUGAUAUAGCGACAGCUCGUCAGAUGCGCCUGGGAAUAAAGGAGAGCUACCAGGGUGAUUAACAAAGUACUUUAAAUUACCUUAUAAUUACUUAUAAACGUAUUUUAAAAUGUUUACGUUAAUGAAAAGUAUAAUAAUGUAUGUAUGAACACUUUGUGUUGUAAGCACUUUAUGGAAAAAAAUGUCAAAUCACCCGUAACCUGUUUGAGCUGCUAUACACCAGUAUACAAAAAAUCACCACGACAACCACAAUUGCCGCGAAAUAGGCUAACGUUAGUUGUCGGUGUUUAGCCUACUGCAACCGCCACCACUCUCACAAAUAAAUAAAAGUCAGUAAAAAUAAAGAUAUAAAUAAAUUAAACGACAGAUUCAGAGAGCUUAUUCCAUAUUCCAUAUUAUGUUACAGAAAGCAAAAACAGCUAUAGCAAUAAUAGCGAACUAUGUCUGUGUAUAAUUUGGUGAAGACUUGUAACGUUAAGCUAAUUGUCCUUUUUUAAGGCUAAUGGGGAAUAUUUUUAUUGAAAAGCGAACUAGAUGAGUAAAUAUAGUUCUUGGGUCGAUUUUAAACAUGACACAUUUCUGUACAUUCAUGUAUUUAACUAGACAAUAAUUGUGGAUGCAAAUCUAUAUCAUUAUUGAUUCAAACAAUGAAUGUACCAGGGUCGCUAUCCGAUUUACUCAGUUAUAAACUGAGGAGAACGUAGCAGAAUAUUGCGCUUAUUGUAAAAAUUCAUAACAUUGUAGAUUAAAAUAAUUAAAAAAGUGAAACUUUUAA